GCCAGGAGUGCUGGUAUCCUAUCCCGGUGUCGGGUGCCCAGAGCGUCCCGACGCCUGGACACGGAAAAGGGUGCGGUAAUUGUAACGCGACAUUUGUCACUUGAAAAUAGAUACCUACUCCCGGUCUCCUUGGUAGGAUCCACCCGGAUAUGAACGAAUUUCGGGAGAUCUUUGCGUUACGUGACGAAUCGUUUAUAUUUAGCCACCUUGUCAACAUUUCCAGCCGAUUCGGCAAGAGCGAGAUGGAAGAGCGUCGGUUCGGCCUCUCCGUCUCUCUCCCUCUUUCUCACUUUAAUCGAACCAAUUUGAUGGCGCAUUCGAUACUCCGGAUAAUUGGACCUAACCAUCGGAGGCAAGCCGCUUUUCACGGAGAUCGAUUUCUGUCUCCGUUUCUCCUCUCCCAAUUCGCCGCGAUCCGGCGGUUAUAUUCCGGCAAAUUGCAUUCGUAUUCCCGCUGGGUCGCGCGGCUUCGCCUUUAAGUCCGCGUUUUUGUCGGGGCGCCGCGAUAAUGGCAAUAACAUGGUCAACUCGCGCGCCGACGAUUCCUGAUAACCGCGAGCUGCAUGUCAGCCGAUACUACCAGAUUACGCGGGCCGCCGGGCGUAAGGGGAGAAAAAAAAAAAAGAAAAAAAAGUGCACUUCGUUCCCGACUUUCUUUCUCGCGAUCUUCUUCGGCAGAAGUGCUCCAGAUAGCUUUGCGCUCGCGCCGGGUCUGAAUUGCUACGCGAGCUUAGGAGUGCCGCGAUCGCCCGGGGAAACGUGACUCUCUCUACGCGCGACGUCUAAACAAAAUCGGAAUUUGUAUGCUCACGGGUUUCAGGACGGACUCGUCGAGUCGCGGAACGUGCACGAAGUGUUAUGUGACGGACUCGUGAAAAGGCGAGCCUUUCCACGUGUUGAAUGGGUACCCUUUUUACGACGCGUGCAGGGUUAACGUGUAUACCGAGUAUUCAUAAAAAUCCAACGAAAGUGCGAGACGUUCGACCUUGUACGCUUGCUCGGGUAAAUUAUUGUGUACAUAUCGGAAAAGAUGUAUAAGAAAUUCUGUUAGCAUGUCGGUACAAUCAAUUUGAUAUUGUCUUAUUCAAAUUGUACGAAGUCGAGAGAACUUGGAGAGUAAUCGUUCUGCUCGGUCUUCUGUGCUUCGUCGAAAUGUUACCGUAGGAAAAUAGUUUUACUUUCAAGUGCAAAUUUUCAAAUCAUCCUUCGUUCACAAGCAUCGGAUAAUGGGCGUGUCGUUAAUGAGCUCGGAUCGCCACACGAGCCGCGUUGUGCCGCGAAUAACCCGAAAUGUCCAAGUAUAAAUGAAAUGUGCCCUCGGGUUUCUCAGGGCCCCUCGACGUGUCGGGGGCUCGAUAAAGUGAAAUCUGAAACGUUUCAGGGCGUGGAGUGGUCCUUUUCCGAUGUCGCUGAAAAGAAUCCCAUUUCGGAGCACUCGAGGAAAGAAUCUGUACAGCUUUUCGACAACUUGGGGAUUUUUACAAAAAGAGACCCAUUUAGGUGCCAGUAGAAUAUGACUCGAAAAUGCGGUUUAAAUAUAAAUUUGAAAGGUGUCGCACUUGCGGCAUAUCGGUUGGAUCUAAGAUCAAGGAACUGGAAACUGAACGGCUGUUCUUGAUCCAAGUUCUAUUCGUUACAAUUCCGAUUAUCGUUCAUAUAUGACGGGUAGUAAAUAUUGCAAUAAUCAAAAUGCUUCCAUCGCGUGAUAUCAACAUAUUCAAAUUUAAUGUGCUUUAUCAAGAUCUGACAGAUUUACUUUUACUCUCGUUUUUUAUCUUCCUCAACUGUCUUCUUAAUUUGGAUAGGUAUAUAAAUCCGCUGUAUACACUUUGUAAUGGACUCACAUUCUUAAAACGUUAUUGUGCCAUGAUAAGGUUUACCCUGAACCGUUACGAAAAAUUGUAACUCUUUACCCUCAAGGCCAUUUCAUCCUAAUAUCUCUCACAAUUUGUCUUAUACAGACACCAUACAAGUGCAAUGGGUCAAUUUAUUCGUUCCUUCAUAUUUUACGCGACUUUUACUGAGCAAUACUGUAGCGAUAUAAACAUGCGAAACAAAGAUAUAGAGCAUCAAAUCGAUAGCCUCGUGUCUCAGGUAAUUCUUUCACAUUAAUUCGUAAUUCUACGAAACGAUUAAUAAAAACGUUUUAGCGAGGGAUCACUUUUUGCGUUGGAUGUCUCCUAUCGAAAAGCGGGAAAAGUGAAUUUGUGCUACGCAAAGUCGGCGCUAAAAGGUCGGCGAAACUCGAUUAUGGUCAUUUAAUCCGUUUAUUAUGAACGAAAAAACUGUGCUGGGCAUAAGUGAACGGGCAGUGAAAUUCCACGCGGAGUGGAAAUCUAACAAGGAUGCCGCAUUACGACGAGUCCUUCUUGGACUCGCCACUUUUCCGUCGACGUACUCGAAGUUACAGCGUGCAAAAACAGAGUGCUCCGAAAUCGAAGAGUUCCCGUACCACGGACACUCCUCGAUUGCUGGCUGUGGCCAAUCAGACACGGACUUUAGCCGCAUCGACAUGCAGCCUGAAAGAAAUCGAGGAACGGAGCGGAGGCAAGGCGCGGGGUGGCAAGCUCGCACGGCGUGCCCGGUCUUUUAAGGAAGACUUCCUGGAGAAGCUCUCGCAGAUGCGUUCUCCGGGUGGGAGCGGCGGGGGCGGCGGAGGCGGGGCAGGUGGAGGCGUCGGAGCUGGCGGCGGAGGAAGCGGCGUCGCGAUGCGCGCGGCAUCGCCCUCCUCCCCGAGAACUCCUCGCGAGAAAAAUGCUCCCGGGGAUGUUCUCGAUAAGAACCCCCUACGAGACCUCCACAUCCACGUUCGCCAGGUGCAGUUGGCACUCCUGCAUUUCCGGGACGUCGUGUCGAAGAAGAUCCUGGAGAUGCUGCCCGGAAAUGGCACGAUAGUCCUGGACACCGUCACCACCAUACACACCGUGCUCAAGUCGUACCUCCUCUACGAAAAUAGCUCAACGUUAGGAUCAGCCACGAAUCAAGUCUACCAGGCAUUGGCUCAGUUGCUGAAACUCUGUGACGACGUGCUCCUACACGGUGAUCAAUCGUCUGCACUGGAUACGGAAAACGUGACGCACGUAAUCGGAUUAGUGGAAGAGGCGGUGAAGAAUCUUGUAGCACUUGCCCAUGAAAAGAUCUCCAACAGACAAAAGCCUCCGUCGAUAACAGCAAAUAACAGGAGUUCGGGAUACGGGCCGGAUCUCCCACCGCAGAGAAACUCCCUUCCUGAUAUUCCACUAACUCCAAGAGAAAGACAAAUCCUUGAGGAAACAGCGACGACAAGCAGUUUGGUCCGCAGUUCUCACAGCUCCGAGUCUAUCCUGAGAGAUUCUAGUCCGCCACCUAAGCCUCCUCUUCCCGAUAGGACGAACGUGCAUUUAUCGGAGGGGAACAGCUCAUCGGGUACGCCGCCACCUUUGCCGCCAAAAAGACGAACGCGAGCCCAACAACUGCUCGACGAGUCCGAAGGUCUAUUGACGUCUAGUCUGGACAGAGUGUCCCUGCGAAGUCGAUCCCCGGAGGACUCCUCGUCCCUUCUAAGUGCCUCGGCAGGCAGCUUAGAUUCGGCCUUGAAUCACUCGAGGGAUGAGGACGAGAUUCGAGCCAUCAUGGGACCGAACGACGAGUCCUUGAACGACAGUAUGGACCUCAGCCUUCGAGCCACCAUUCAAGGUAUGCAAGUUAACGGCACAUCGAACUGUGGAUGCUGGGACAAUUCUGAGACGAGUUUACCGAAUACGAUGUUGCUUGGACAACAAACACCACAGGAAAUACUCAGUCCACUUGCAGGCAUCGAUGGCAAAAUGGAGAGGCUGUCGACACAAACUCAAGAAUCAGGUUUUGUGUCCAUGCACUCGCAGAGAAGUUCAUCUCAGAGCUACACAACCGCUUCCAGCAUUACGUCCAAGAGAUCGUCGCAGCAGAGCAGCAUCAGUUAUAAUUCUCAGUCAUUUAGUUCACAACAACAGUCGUUUUCUCAGCAGAAGCAGUUGACUGACAGUAACGGUUCAGUUUUCUCACAUAGAAUAGUAACAAGCUCCAAGAGCACUGUCAGUAGUUCAAGUGUAAGCGGCAGCGGUGAUCCAGCAUUGUUGGAGAAACUGGUAAAUGAAAUUGAAGGCCUCUCUCCAUCGGAUGCCAACGGGAUGCCGCCAGCAUUGCCAGAAAAAAGAUCUAAACGAAGAAAGGAAAGGCAACCCUCGCAAUAUGACAAUGUACCCGAGAAUGAGCAUUUGUCAACCUGUAGUUUACAUACCAGCAACGGCGAUAGUCCGGAUGCCAGCAAGCCCCCGCCACUACCAGUAAAGAAGAGGCAUAUGUUCCAAUCAGUGGCAUAUUCUGUCAUGGCGUACAUGGAGAUGUUCGGGAACUGUUCGCAUAGUAACAAUGAUUUCAUUGCUGGAUUGGGCACUCGACAUUCCGUUGCCGCGUAUAACUCAAUGCAGGCAGAAUGGCAGCAACAUGAAAUGGCACUUACCACAACCCAAUCGUGUUCUUUUAUGGCACAUACCUUGACAACUGUGCAUGAUAGUUCAGGCAGCUCUACUGCCAUGGGGUCUGCAUUAAGGGAAAUCACCAACAACUCUAGUCUACCACCUGCGUUACCACCAAAGAGGUCUCGCUCCAUCAGGUCAAAUACUACACCACCACCAAUUUCACCGAAGCCGAUCUUCAAUACCCAGAGUAUACAUACAUCGGAUUCAGUUGUUUCAUCAACCCCUGUAAAGGCGGAACAGUCUGCCACUAGUACAGAAAAGACAGAACCUAUACCUUCUACACCGGCGAAAUUGAGUAGUAACACUAGUCUGGACAUCACAUUACCAUCCUCAAGGCCUGCAAGCAAUGCAUUGUCAACGACAUCCGUCGAUGAAAACACUCUCGAAUUACACGACGUGGAUCAAGACGAUAGUAUUUUGGAUGAGCUAGAUAUUAGUAAAUACUUGGUAUUUAAGAAACCUGACGAAGACGGACCUGACAUUCGAGGAGGUCAUCCAGAUGCAUUGCUAAUUCAUGCCACAAAAGCAAAUAAACACGAUUUCCUGUAUCAGGAAGCAUUCCUGACGACGUACAGAACAUUCAUGUCGCCGCUUGAACUUAUUCAAAAGUUGCACAGACGACAUCAGCGAUUUUCGUGUUCCCCGGAUGUAGUGAAACAACGGGCAGCGCGAGAAGCAUUCUCUCUGCUGGUCAGAGCUGUCAGUGAUUUGACGAUGUCGGAUUUAGAUGAUGUGCUUCUUCAAACAUUGAUGGAGUUUGUUCAGCAACUGGUUUGCAGUGGCUAUCUCACGAUGGCUAAGGCUCUGAGAGUAAAGAUUUUGGAGAAGCAUGCCAUGAAACAGCAACAAGCAGUUCAGCCGAUACUCUCAUCGUUAAGUGUAUCCACGAAGCAAGCAUCACUGUUAGAUUUUAAGAGUGAACAAAUAGCCGAGCAAAUGACUUUAUUGGAUGCGGACCUUUUUAUGAAGAUCGAAAUACCAGAAGUGUUAAUAUGGGCUCAAGAACAGAAUGAAGAGAGGAGUCCAAAUCUGACUAGGUUUACGGAACACUUCAAUAAAAUGUCUUACUGGGCUAGGUCGAGGAUACUAGAACAUCGUUUAGAAAACGAGGCGAAAGAUAGGGAGAAAUACGUAGUCAAGUUCAUAAAAAUAAUGAAACAUCUCAGAAAAAUUAAUAAUUUUAAUAGUUAUUUGGCUUUACUUUCCGCAUUGGACAGCGCGCCAAUCAGAAGACUUGAGUGGCAAAAGCACAUCACAGAAGGUCUGAAAGAGUACUGUGCCCUAAUAGACAGUUCCAGCAGUUUUAGGGCUUACAGACAAGCAUUGGCAGAAACGCAACCUCCUUGUAUUCCUUACAUCGGAUUGGUGCUACAAGAUUUAACUUUUGUGCACAUUGGAAACAGUGAUUUACUUCCAGAUGGUAGUAUAAAUUUUUCCAAACGAUGGCAACAAUUUAAUAUUGUUGAGAACAUGAAGAGAUUUAAAAAAGGCACAUACUCGUUCAAAAAAAACGAGCGAAUUAUAACUUUUUUCAACAACUUUAGUGACUUCCUCUGCGAAGAGGCUAUGUGGCAGAUAUCAGAAAGUAUAAAACCACGUGGCGGUAAAAAACCACAAACGCAGAACUAGAGCACGAUUAACCCUUUCACUGCCUGUGUUUCGAAAUGGGAAAAGCGAGGUGAUAUCCGAUGAUCCCCAAUUAAAUAAUUUAGUUAUUCGUGUUACUGCGAAAUUCGAAUUUCGUUCCGGAAGCGAUGAAAGGGUGAAGACAGGUGCAGUUUAUUCCACUUUCGCGACCUCCGUGAGGUUGUUCCAUGUAAAUUGUACCAACUAACAGAAUCUAAGGUUCACAUUACAAAGUAGCGUAGUGCACGCGUUAUCUAAAUUUCUUGCAUACUUGGAGCGUCGAAAUAUCGUUCGCGUGAUUGACGAUGAAUAGUUAAUAAAAAGUAGGGUCAAAUCAAUGGUUCUCGCUUGAGUCCACCUCACGUAUAUCACUACAUGAUAAUCACGUCUAUUUCGGAUCUACGCGACACGAUACUUAAUUAGAUCUGCAGUAGAGCUUAGAGUAGUGCUGACGUAAAACGCUGCACACACACUUACCAACUCCGUGCGUAUUGAUGUACAGUUUAUUUAUUUUCGUUUUAUAAACGACACAUGUAAAUGAGUAGUUGUCCGAUCUUUUUUUAAAUUAUUUAGAUAUACAUGGACGUCCACCGUCUAGCUUUACGUAGAUAGAAACGUUUUGAUAGUCAACAGUCAACUGUUGAUUACACAAGGAAGAACACCAAUUACGUUGAUUAAUGUAGAGCCAUCGUAGUCUCGCGUCGAUUGCCUCAACGAUGCACAGCGCGGGACACAUGGUACGACUGAGAGCAACUGUUACAUAUACUAUUGUAUAUGAUUGUAGAAGACAUUUUUGUUGGAAACUUGUUAAUAGUUAUCCAAGCUUUCAGCUUAAGACGAUUCGCUACAUAGGGACUACGGUACAACAAUUUUAAAGCUGCAUUCAUAACUGACGCUCAGAGUCGCUAUCGAGAGUUCUGAAAAGUUCAGCCCUCGACUUUGUUGGGGGCGUUAUUUUAUUUCUCACGUUACUGUAAAAAAAAAUUCGGCUGAUCUGUACGCUAAUGGGUGCAUUCAGAGGAGAAAAGCGGUUACCGAUGAGUAAGGAACAUGUUGCGAUUUCUGCUGAAAAUGCGAUCUGAUUGGUCUGAUUAGUAAACAUGUUGAGUGAACGUACUGUUACGUUUCUCAAGCUAACAAUAAGGAAAUUACCCAUUUAGUACCCAUUCAGCAGACGAGCGCUAACCUAACAACUCAACAGUUGUCUCCUCUGAAUGCACCCAAUGAUCAUGAACUUCUCUCGGAUUCAACGUUUCUGAUAUUGUUCGAACGUGUCAAUUUCGUCUUUUAAAUCGUCGCGGUAAUAAAUAUCACUAGACCCAAGGAUAGUAGGCUUAAUCUAACAGAUAUGUCUUAUAUCAGUGAAGUAAUUGGACUAAUGAUUUCGUUGGUGUAUGUUUCACUCUGUCCAUUGUUAAAUAUGUUAAGUCAUUGUAUUACUGAAAAUUGUUAUGAAAUCAUCUAUAAAUUUACCAAAGUUGCACGAAUGGAAUGCAAUAUAUAAAUACGUAAAAAGGCCUAAGCUAUUGUAACUUUGAAUAAUCCGUAAAAAUGUAUAAGAGCCUCUGUUUCACUGAUGUUUGGUAUAUCUGUAAUAAUGUGGAAAUUACGCGGUAUAUAUUAAGUUCAUCAUAAUAACUGAUUAUUCAUGCGUCCGAUUACCAGUAAAAUAUAGAGCUGCCACACUGGCUAGUAUAAAAUACUAACACCAAUACUAUACAUACAAAGCUUCAUAUUCUAGCCAGGAACGGAGAGACGUAUCACUCUCAGUACUUCUAGUAUCAUGCACAUUUUAGCAAUACUGCUUCGGUAGAUCAACUUGAGUGAUACACAUACGAAAAAAAGAAAGUUAAAUACUGGAUAACGGUAGUACUGUUUCAUCCAUAGAGACGUACAAACAAUACGUCAGUUUUCUAGUGCCACAUCUACAGUAUUGUCAGAUUUGCAGAAAAGUUUUUAAGAACCACCUGAAGUAGUUAUGUGUAUCCGCUACGUGUCAUUACAAAUAGGGUUAUCUUAUUUUUCGCCGAUAUGUUUAAUUUAUUUUUAUUGACCGAUUCGAGAAGUAUCCGUAAACGGCAUUGAAAACUGUUUGAAAUUUGGUAAAAUUGAAACCAUUCAACGUAUUGUAAGGUUACCCAAGUGCAGAACGGCUCUUAAAUCGUUUGCCAUGGUUCAAGUAAUGAUUAGUGUGCGUGUUACCGAAUUCGCUUUAAGUUCCAUAGUUAGUGCGUGUAUAAAAUUAUCUAAUAUAGGGUUAAGGUAAAGUCUAUUAAUGUUGUAAAUAUUUGAACGAUACCAAGCGUUUCUUGUACUAUCGUAAAAUAGUAUUGACUAUCGGGAAAACUAAAUGUAGAUGUACUCCGUCGCUAAUCAACUUCACAUAUGACUUCGAGAUAAUAGAUUUUAAAUUUAUGCAAUUAUUGUGAUGCCAAUAUUACGUUUUAGCAUAAAUGUGUGACCAAGACCUUUAUAUUAUUUUUAUUUAAUUAAAUAUUAAACGAAAGACAUUUAAGUUCAAAUUGA